AUGCUUCAUAAUAGUAUCGAAGCAAAACAAAUAGCCUCCAGUCUCGCAUCAGAACGCAUCCAGUGGCACAUGAUUCCGCUGCGCGCCCCCAACUUCGGAGGAUUGUGGGAAGCUGCGGUUAAGAUUGCCAAACGACAUCUUAUCCGUCAAGUUGGAACAACGACGCUGUUUUAUGAGUAUUUGGUGACCAUCCUGACGCAGAUUGAAAGUUGUACGAAUUUCCGCCCGCUUUGCCAAAUGUCCGAGGAUCCAAAUGACUACGAAGUGUUAACUCCAGGUCGUUUCUUGACUGGAUCAUCGCUUCAAGCCCUGCCGGAUUUGAAUUGGUCAGACGUUCCCACAAACCGUCCAACCAAUUCCAAUUAA